UCCGGAUCGUCCCCGACGAGAUGAAACUGACCGGGAGCUUCGUCCUGGCGCUGCAGCUGCUGGCUGCCAAGCUCCUGGCGCAUCAAGGCUGUGAAAACGGGGAAGUGGCUUCGUCGGGAGAGUGCUGUGCCCUGUGCCCGCCGGGCUUUGGGGCACGGGUGCCUUGCGGGAGUAACAAGACCAUUUGCGAACCCUGCCAAGAAGGUGUGACAUUCUCCUCCACCGCGAGUGCCACGGAUCCCUGCCGGCCAUGUUCGACGUGCCCAGGACAACUUCCCAUCCGCGAUUCCUGCACCGCCACCCGUGACACGCUUUGUGCCACCAGCUGUCCGCGCGGACAUUACCUGGCGCCAGGAAACGGGACCCAGCCUCAAGGGACCUGCACCCCCUGCCGAGUGUGCAAGGCGGGAUUCGGGGCGGCCCAGGAGUGCAAGACGGGCAGCGACACAGAGUGCCAGAAAUGCCCCGAGGGUUUUUACUCGGAGGUGAAGAGCCCGUACGAACCGUGUCUGCUUUGCCGACGGGAAUGCGGACCGAAGGAAGUCAUGAUCCAGCCGUGCACCCCGCUUUCGGACACCCUCUGCAUGGAUAAAGAGCUGCACAUCCUGAAGCGGCCUGAAGGGGCGCCCCAGAAGGACCCUCCGAGAAGGAAGGCGCCCCAAGAGGAGGAAGGCAGCGGGGCCCACAACGCGUCCUCGGAGUUUGUGCCCUCCCUGGUGGACGACCACCCCAACAGCAUCAUCCCCGUCUACUGCUCCAUCUUGGCCGCCGUGGUGGUUGGACUCCUGGCCUACGUGGGGUUCAAAUGCCGGACGACGUGCCAGCAGAAGCACCAGCUGGCCAAAGCCCGGAUGGGGGAGUUGGCGUCGUCCCCCGAAGGCGAGAAACUUCACGGAGACAGCGGGGUUUUCCUGGACACGCACAGCCUGCAGGAGCAGCACUCGCUGAAGAAGGGACCCAGAGCCGACGCCCGCCUGUACAGCAGCCUGGCCCACCCUCUGCAGGAGGAAGCAGAGCAGAUGCUGGAAGCGCCCACCCCCUGCGGCAAAGACUGGCGCAGUCUGGCCCAGCACUUGGGCUACCCGGACGAAACCAUCGAGACCAUCGGUUGGGGUGAGGCCCCUGCCCACACGCUGCUCUCCGAUUGGUCGGCCCAGGAGGGGGCCACGCUGGAGGCCCUGUGCCGGGCCCUGGUUGCCAUCCAGCGGGGGGACGUGGUGGACCACCUGAACGCUCCCCUGGAGGUCAGCUCGAUGGUCUGAAGGC